CAAGGAUUUCCCCGUCGAUUUCUUGUUUCAAGAUUGAUAUCUUCCGAUCUCUUUCAGCUUUCACUUAUUUUUUUUUUAAACACUUUUCCGCUGUUUCUUCAUUCGCCGGCAGCACAAAAUCGUGUAUAUAUAUCCAUUAAUUUAUCAUCAUCGGGUCCUUGAUUAACGUGUUUCAAAUAUCACAUUUUGAUUUUGAUAUCUGACCACACGAUUUUGACCAUCCCGAUGAUGUAGGUUCUAGGGUUUUAUACUGAUUCAUUUGUUUUGUUCAUCUGUAUAUCAUAAAAUCGGCACCCAAACUUUGUUUAUUAUCAUUUAACUUCUUCGCUCGAAUUCGUCGUCAUUAUUGUUAAGAAUCUUCAUAUCGAAGUGUCAAACUCAGUUUAUAGUUUUGGAAAUUACGAUUUUGGAGCUUUGUUGUAGCGGAUCAUUUCUGUGGUUUUAGGUAGAUCUGGUGGAUUUUGGCGUUUUCAGCCGGUGAAUUUUUGCAUAGAUUUGAAGCACGAAAGAAAAUUAUUUGAUUUAUUUGUGCGGAUUUAAUCAUGGAUCAUGUGAUUGGUGGAAAGUUUAAGCUUGGGAGGAAGAUUGGUAGUGGAUCUUUUGGAGAGCUUUAUUUGGGAGUAAAUGUACAAACUGGAGAAGAAGUUGCUGUCAAGCUGGAAUCUACCAAAACUAAGCACCCUCAACUUCACUAUGAGUCCAAAUUGUACAUGCUUCUACAAGGAGGAACUGGUGUACCCCAUCUGAAAUGGUUUGGUGUUGAAGGAGAAUACAAUGCUAUGGCUAUAGAUCUUCUUGGACCAAGUUUGGAAGACUUGUUUAAUUAUUGUAAUCGGAAGCUUACACUGAAAACAGUUUUAAUGCUUGCAGAUCAGUUAAUAAACAGAGUUGAAUAUAUGCAUACAAGAGGUUUUCUUCACCGUGAUAUAAAGCCAGACAACUUUUUGAUGGGUCUAGGGCGUAAGGCAAAUCAGGUUUACAUUAUUGAUUAUGGUCUUGCAAAGAAGUAUAGGGAUCUCCAGACUCACAGGCAUAUACCAUAUAGGGAAAACAAAAAUCUUACAGGAACAGCUCGUUAUGCAAGUGUUAACACUCACCUUGGAGUUGAGCAAAGCAGGAGAGAUGAUCUAGAAUCCCUUGGUUAUGUACUCAUGUAUUUCCUGAGAGGAAGCCUUCCAUGGCAGGGGUUAAAAGCUGGCACCAAGAAGCAGAAAUAUGAUAAAAUCAGUGAAAAAAAGAUGCUUACUCCAAUUGAGGUGCUUUGCAAAUCUUAUCCUACUGAAUUCAUACAAUAUUUCCAUUAUUGUCGAUCUUUGCGAUUUGAGGACAAACCAGAUUAUUCUUACUUGAAGAGGCUUUUCCGUGAACUUUUCAUUAGAGAAGGUUAUCAGUUUGACUAUAUAUUUGACUGGACCAUGUUAAAGUAUCCCCAUGUGGGCUCCAGUUCUAGAGGAAGGACAACUGCAAAAUUACCAUUGAACCCUGGAAUAUCAGCAGAGAGAGCAGAAAGGACCCCAGUGAAACAAGAGGUUCGAGAUAGAUUCUCAGGGGCAGUUGAGUCAUUUACUAGAAGAAAUGGUUCUAGUAGCGGCUUGCAUGGUGAUCAAUCAAGGCAUAGAUCUUCAGAGAAUGUUACACCCUCCAAGGAUGCGGUGCAUGGUGAGUCAGAUAGAGGGCGGAUAUCAAGAAAUGGAAGCAGCUCAAAAAGAGCAGUCAUGGGAAGCAGCAGCAGACCAAGUUCAUCUGGUGAGCCUUCAAAGCGGUUGGGUUCAGGAAGUGGUCGCAUAUCAACAAAUAUUACUUCUACCACACAAAGGCUUCAUUCUCAACCUGGUUUUGAGUCCAAAUCAUCAUCUUUCACGCGUCCUGUAGUCUCAAGAGGUGCUCGUGGGGAUGAUGCUCUUAGAAGCUUUGAGUUGCUAACUAUCGCCUCUGGGAAGAGGAAAUAAAAUUAAAUUAAAUUCUCAGUUUUUUCUUUUAAAUACCAUGAGAAUUACCUAAGACUUAAAACUACUUGUUUUGUUUCAUGCGUAUCCAUAACUUGUUCACGUAAAAAAAAAAUGGAUUAUUGUAAGGAAGAUUUCUGACUGCUUCAAGGUGGUUU